AUGUCUGGGGUUUGGGUUUUCAAGAACGGUGUGGUGAGGCUAGUGGAGAACCCUGGCUCUGAGCGCAAGGUGUUGGUUCACUCUGCAAGCAAUGAAAUCAUCAGUUCCUACGCAGUGCUAGAGCACAAGUUGAGUUCACUCGGGUGGGAACGUUACUAUGAUGACCCUGAUUUGCUUCAGUUCCACAAACGCUCCACCGUGCACCUAAUCUCCCUCCCAAGGGAUUUCAGCAAGUUCAGGUCCAUGCACAUGUAUGACAUAGUCGUCAAGAACAAGAACUACUUCGAAGUUAGAGACAUGUGA